AUGGCUGACGAAUACAACGCCGAGGAGGCCGCAGAGCUCAAGAAGAGAAGAGCUUUCCGCAAGUUCUCCUACCGAGGAAUCGACUUGGACAACCUCCUGGACCUCAGCUCCGAUCAGUUGCGUGAUGUUGUGCACGCCCGUGCCCGCCGCAGGAUCAACCGUGGCCUGAAGCGUCGCCCCAUGGGUUUGAUCAAGAAGCUUCGCAAGGCCAAGCAGGAGGCCAAGCCCAACGAGAAGCCUGAACUGGUCAAGACUCAUCUCCGCGACAUGAUUGUCGUCCCCGAGAUGAUUGGUAGCGUCAUCGGUAUCUACUCUGGCAAGGAGUUCAACCAGGUGGAGAUCAAGCCUGAGAUGGUUGGCCACUACCUCGCUGAGUUCUCCAUCUCAUACAAGCCUGUCAAGCACGGCCGACCUGGUAUUGGUGCCACCAACUCUUCUCGUUUCAUUCCCCUCAAAUAA